UUCUGAGUUUGUUCUUCCAUCGCUCUCAGUCACUCAUUCUCAAAAAAACCAAACUUCACACACACACACACCACCACACGCACACACCUCACACUUCCCAUCUCAAACAAAUGGACCACCGCGCCGAGCUCAAGCGCGCUCGCAAGCUGCUCUCGAGCGACCCCGCUGAAGCGGUGCAGUGCUGCAGAGACAUCCUCAACGACAAGACUUUGCCCGUCCCUCAAGACGCACAGUACACUGCGCUCGUCUUCCUAGGCGCUGCACUCGAGGCCACCGCUGCUGCUGCUGCUGCUGCUGGAUCUGCUGCUGCUGGAUCUGCUGCUGCGGGAUCAACUGGCGCAAUGCAGGAGGCAGAGCAGAGCUACCGACGCGCUGCUGCACUCCAGCCGCGCAACCCGCUCGCUUGGCAAGGGCUCGACAAGCUCCUCACCAAGCAAUCCCAAUCGCAGCAGGGACAGCAGGGACAAGGACAAGGACAAGGGGCGAGUGGAGCACCGAUGCUCGCCGUCCUGGCGCAGCUCACUCUGGCCUUCCUCGCUGCCAACGACCUCGCCAAGGCCGUGGAUGCGUUCAACAGACUCGUUAGUCAGUCCCUGGCAAGCGGGAACUGGCAGGCCGCGUUCGAUCUCGUCGCUCAACUCGUGCCGUUGCCACCAUCCUCUUCUGCUGCUCCGUCUACGUCUGCCCCAAGCCCAAGCCAAGAGACAGCCGUGCUGCCUGUUGCACUCCUCGAGAAGGCGGCCGCGGAUCUGAUGGUCUUGUGGCUGGGUGCCCCAAAGCCAUUGGGAACAACUCCAGCGCCCGCCAUUCCCACUCUGGAACAAGUCGCAUUCUACCUGCAACCCGCCACCGUCAAUCCAGAGACGGCAGCAAACCUCGACUACCAUCGGGCGCUCGUCACAUACCUGCGGGAAGCCCGCUGCACAGCACUCGGCGCAGCGUGGUCUCAGCCCAGCUCUUCCAACUCGCAGCAAACAAGCAACUCAAUCACAUCGCAGCUCGCCCAAGCCGUCAAGCAUCUCCUUGCUCAGUCUCCCGAGGAUGCUCUUGCUGGCGAAGUCUCAUUGGUGCUUUCCUUCGGCCAAGCUCACCGCGAAUUGGUUGGACUGGCAGCAAUGGACACACCUUCGCCGUCCUGCGCCGAAGCUCGCACCAGCUGGUCCCAGCUUGUCGCUCACCACCCAACUUCACUCGCGGGAAAGGCUGCCAGUCUGCUUUUGCUCGACCCCUUCCAGCCUCCGCUGCAGCCGCUUGCAGAGUUGUGGGAGUCGCCUCUCACUCCCAAAUCCUGGCUUCCACUGGCCCUUCUCACCUCCCGUGCUCAGCUCGCCAGCGGUGAUGGUACGGCCGCCAUUGAAACAGCCAAAGGCGUCCUUGGCCAGUGCACGCCAGGGUCUUGGCUGCCGACCUCCUCUUCCUCCGCCCCUCCUCGCCCGACCUCGGCUUCGGCGACAGCGUCAACGGCGGCGGCCCCGCGCUUGCCAGCAGGCUUCCGCAUUUCCGCAUCAACAUCGACUGCCCCCGCUGCUGCUGUCGUGCCGUCAACCUUUGCCAACGAACAGCCAGCGCACGUCGUGGCUGCAUACCGCCACGCGCUUGAACUUGUGCUCGCCGAAGCCUACCUGUUGAUCCAGGACGAUGCUUUGCGCGCCAAGACUCUGGAACUGUGUGCUUCUGUCGAGUCAUUUGUCAAUGCCCCUGCUAUUCAACAAUCCUCUUCGCCUGCCGCUCCGCUCAGCCUUCAGGCGUUGCUCGUCCGAGGCGAACUGCACAUGGUCGCUGCCGACUAUCCGGCCGCCGCUGCAACGUUCAACAAGGUACUCGCCGCUGUGCCUUUGCACGCGAGAGGUCAAGCAGCCCUUGCAUGGAGUCUCGUGCAGCAAGCGAAAACCCUGCCGCCAGCGUCUUGGUCGCAUCCGCAGCCGCUAACGACAGCGCAAUCCCUCUUGGAAGCAGCAGUUGCUGCCCGUCCCUCGGAUUCUCAGUUGCAAUUCCGUCUGGCUCUCUGUCUCUGGGCCGUUGCCGAUCAGACCAAGGACAGCAACCCAGCACCCAUCUACGACCGCGUUUACUCGCAUUUGCUGGCUGCCGCGCGCUUCAACGCGGCUGAUGCUGAAAUCUUUGCCCAGCUUGGUCUCUUGUUGCUGACUGUUCGGAAGCAGCCAGAGAGCGCCAAAAAGUGCCUUCUGAAGGCGGUUGGCUUGAAUCCCUUGCACGAAGCCGCAGCGUCACAGCUCAGCGACCUCUACACGGUGGAUAUUCGCGCGGCAUGGCAGCAGCGCACGGAAAAGCUGCAAACGCUCAGUGAAACGGACAGCGUUGUCACUGCGCUGCAAGUGCAAGAGACUGCCCUGCGCCAAGCUGCUCUCGAACUGCACACGAACGUUGCCAACGCAGCCGGAGUUGGGCGCGCGCCGUGGGCAUGGCUCCGCCGAGGUAUCGAGCUGUUCGCACUGGGCCAGUUUAGCGAUGCUGUCGUCUCCUUGCAGUCGGCCCUGCGCGGCGACUCGAAAAAUUCGGCCGCGUGGCGCUGUCUCGCAGACACGUAUAUUGCCCAGGGCAAGUACAUUGCCUCGUUGCGUGCCUUCCAGCGAUCGCUGGAGCUCGAGCCGAGCGCCGUGUACGCCAUGCUGCAGAUCGGUCGCAUCCACCUCAUGCUGGGCGCCAGCGAUACUGCCAUUGCGCAGUACCUCGGCGCAGUUGAUGCCGCUCGCCCAACCCACUGGUUUGUGCCGGCUCUCAAGGGUCUGGCCGAGGCGCUACUCACGAGCGCUCAGCAGUGUGUUGCAGUUGGGCGCGUCGGCAAGGCUGCAGACCACUUGCUGCAUGCACUUCACGUGCUGAACGACGCACCCCUCGCCCACAACAAUGCUCCUCUGCUGUCCUUGGCAAAGCUUCGUGGAGACAUUAUUCUGCAAUUCGCUGGGCUGCCCGUCAGCGAGUGCAUUGGCGUCGACUGUACGACGUGGACGCGCGCUCGCGGCACACCGCGUGAUGCUGCCGCUGUGCAAGCGACUUUGGCGUCUGCCAGCGCAUUGGCCGCGGCAGUGGCAUCCAAAGAGGCCAUUCUGCAAUGUGCAGUAUCUGUCUUUGCCAGCAUCACGAACGCUUGUGCGUCAGACGACUCUGCGUUUGCCGAUCUGGCUGUGGCUCUCUAUCGGGUGUACGCCAAUCGCAGAGGCUUUUCUCACGUCCAGCUUGCUGCCAGUCCGUCGUCGUCGGAACUGAUUGACCGCGCGUUGACCGCCGCUGGGCGAGCGCUGACGUUGCAACCAGGCUCGCCCGUUUACUGGAACAUUGCUGGUGCUCUGUAUAUGGCGCUUGGCAAGGCCCAACAGGCACAGCAUGCGUUGCUGACAUCCAUCAAGCUGGAGCACACAAAUCCUGCUGCGUGGACCAAUCUGGGCUUGCUGUACACGCACCUUUCGGUGCUCGAGCCAGCCAACUUUGCGUUCAAGGCUGUGCAGGCCAUCCAACCGUCAUACUCGCCGGCCUGGAUUGGUCAAUCGUUGGUGGCAGAGCGCUUUGGCAUGGAGGAAGAGGCUGGAGAUUUGCUUCGUCAUGCGUCCGAGCUGGAUCAAAACCCUGAGGCAGACGCAGGAUACGCAAACUAUGCGUAUCGCUUCCAUAACAGUGCCAAGGUCACUGCGGCUCGCGCGCCACUGUCUCUCGCCACCACGGCCCUUGGUCGCUAUGUUGCGCGCGAAACGCACAAUGCUGCUGCUCGCAAUCUGUACGGCGCGUUGCUGGAGCUCCAGGGUCUUUAUGCUGCCGCUGCGGACGAAUUCGCUACCGCUCAGCUCAUUCUGGCUCUGCAGUCCACGGAAGCAUCGGCUGACUGCCUUCCCAAAGUGAUUGCCAACCACGCGCGUGUGUUGGUUCGGCUCGAUCGCCUUGCCGAAGGUCAAGCCCUGUUUGAUCGGCUCGGAGCGGCUCCUGUGGAUGCCUUUGUGCUCGCCUCGCGCGCCCGGCUGCUGUUUGAGGCAUGUCAGUGGGCGAAUAGUGCUGCAGUCUAUGCCCAGGCUCUCGAUGCGGCGGUUUCGUCCAAGCAGCUCCAGCUUGCCUGCACCUGUACAGUUGCGCUCGCGCUGUGCAGCUACCGCCUGGGUGAUGUACCUGCCGCCAGAAAUCACCUGUUCCGUUGUCUCCAAAUUGACAGUGGCUUCCAAAGCGCUCUGCUCUUGAUGAGCGCUCUUGGCCUGCUUCAUAACGACUUUACUCUUGCUCAGGCUGGUCUGAACGACUUUGGAAGGAUUGCCCCGAAUCUUCAAGCCGAGGCCGAGAUCUGCAGUGCUGGCUUCCUUCAUGCCUGUUUGUCACUACUACAGGGCGAUGCUGCUGCGUCGAAGGGCUUCCUCUCAAGACUCGUCUUCUUCUUCCCGCAUCGACCCCAGCUCUGGACGUCACUCGCAAACUUCUUGGUCGAGUACGACAAGUCUGCCGCAGCAUCCGCUAGUCACUUUGCGCUUUCGCCUCGCGGACAGCCCAUCCACGUGUCGUCUGCCAUUGUUGCCUGCGCGCGUCAUGGGUGCAAGAAUACAGAGUCGACCUCCAAUCGAGUGGCGGGCGGAAGCAGCGCUUUGGCGGGCCCUUGGUUAAACCGAGAGGCCCACUUUGCGCUUGUUCAGACGGGUCGCGAUGGAAACUCGACGCUUGCCUCUCCGACCGUCCUUGCAGAGGCCCUGCUUGUUUCGGGCCGCUCGACGCAUCGCGGGCACAUUCAAGACCCUCUGCGUGACGCGCUCGCCGCUGCCCAGAUGGCCGUCCACACCAACCCUAGCAAUCUGGUUGCGUGGGCGGAUCUUGCAGCCGCAACCUUGGCCGCUGAUAUUGCUCACGGCUACCGCACGGCUGCAAGUCGAGAGACGGCGGUGGGUGCGGCGGCACCGUGGCACGCCCCGCCGGCUGCGAUUGGAGCCAAAGUCGCCAAGAGUGUCGAUAGUGCAUGCGAAGCUGCCGUGGCUACGCAAUCCAUGUUGUCAACCUCUGCAGCGCGGCCAGUUCUGCAGCACACGACUCAGUUGUUGAAAAAGCUGCGACACAAGGUCAUCUUGAUGCGCGCAGAGUCCCUUCUUGGUGCUUGGACGUCUGGCAACCGCGCGGAUGGCGAUGCCUUGCUUGAUGGUGCCCUUCAAGCCGUCAAUUCUGUACUGCACGACGCGAUCGCCAGCCAAGACGUGGCAACAGCGCAGCUUGCUCAGCGCCAGUUGGCGCGCACCUUGCUGGUCGGAGGCCGACGGGAAUUCGGGCUUGGCUCGCUCAAGCAGUGUGUAAACCUGAAUCCAGCGGAUCUUGGCACGUGGCAGGACCUUGCCGUCGAGUACGCUGCUAGUCGGCAGUUUGUUGCCGCAGAGCUCUGUCUGCGCACGGCGUUGCGAGCGUCCGCGCCCACUGAUGUUCCGAGGCGCGUGGCCAUCCUGGCACGAUUGUGCGUCAUUGCUGUCAGGGCUGGCAAGGCUUCUCUGGCGCAAGAAAGCGAGCGAGAAGCCGCCAGACUUGAUGGUGCAUCGCCGUUGCUUGCGUUCUUGCGUGGAUGGCUUGCCAGUCAAGGCACUGCGGCGGCGGACCUGAAAGCAGCCAAACGCUUCCUGCAAAGCAGCGUUUCCCGCUCCGAACCUCCGCUGUCCCCGCUCGCAGCCCACACUCUUGCUGCGCUUCUCGCUGCCCCAACGGCUCAGGAACGGUCGGCCGACGACCAGGCCUUGCUGACGGAUUGUCAGCAGCUUGUGGUCAAGUACUCUGGUCCUGGCUUCCCGUUCCACUGAUGAUUGUCACGAGCACUGGAUUAUUGUGGGGGGGGGGGACGAAGGUGGUCAUCCAAUCGCAAUACAACAGCGGUUUUAGUGCAAGCAUUUGAAAUUUACAUUGUUUCAACGGACA